GAAAGAGCAAUUUAUGUGCAAUGAAACUGUAAUAUUGGUUCUCACUAAUUUUCUUCCCCCUUUUUGUUUUCUCUCUAGAUUUUACAUUGUGCUAUAGGAAUUGUGCCAUCUUCUGUUGUCCUGACUUCUUUCCAGGUGAUGUCAAGAGUUUUCCUAAUAUGGGCAGUAACACAUAGUGUCAAAGAGGUGCAGAGUGAAGACAGUGUGCUUCUGUUUGUUAUUGCCUGGACAAUCACGGAAAUUAUCCGUUACUCCUUUUACACAUUCAGUCUAUUAAACCAUUUGCCUUACAUCAUCAAAUGGGCCAGGUACACGCUUUUCAUCGUGCUGUACCCAAUGGGGGUAUCAGGAGAGUUGCUCACAAUAUACGCAGCUCUGCCCUUUGUCCGGCAGGCUGGCCUGUACUCCAUCAGCUUACCUAACAAAUACAACUUCUCCUUUGACUACUAUGCAUUCCUGAUUCUGGUAAUGAUCUCCUACAUUCCACUUUUCCCCCAGCUGUACUUCCACAUGCUCCACCAGAGAAGAAAGGUCCUUUCUGGCACUGAAGAACACAAGAAGUUUGACUAGCUCUCCACACCACUACCCGAAACCAAACUUUUCAAGAUCAAAAAAUGCUGCAGACUUUUUGAGUUCCCAGUACAUUUCAUAGAAAAUAAGUAAGAACUAUUUUUAAAAUAUUAAAAACAAAAUAAAAACCAAAAUCCAGUGUCACAUGGGCCUGGGAUUUUAUAAAAAAUAAAAAUAAAGAUAAAAAUGCAGAAAGCUGUUAGUUCAAGCAUCCUAGCCGGUCCUUUCAGCAUGCUCUAACCAGGAGUUCCCAGUGUCUGUGAUGGUCCUAGAAGGGGUUGGUAUUUAUCUCCUCCGUGUCUUCAUAUACCUGACACAUAGAGACCUGUAACACUGAGUUCUCGAGAGUUGCAGUCUGCAGUGUGUUUAGCAUUCCCUUCUCAAAGUGCUUGACGGCAUGCUGGAAACUCUUUGUAAUUAUGAAGCGGCAAUUCAUCCUCUGGAAUGCUCUGAAGUUCUGGCUAGGACCUAGCCCCUCAUAUCUAGUGAAUGAGUUACAAGAUGUAUAUGCCUGUGAAGCUUCGGGUAGUGCCUGUAACCAGAAAACCACUAAAAGCCUAAGUCUUUCAUUUGUUCUCAAUUGACUCGUUACUGCCUGCCACUAAGAACCGUGCUUGGAGUUAGUAAGUGUGUAUACUGUAAAGACCCUUACCUGGAGCUUAGCUUCUGUAGGUUCUAACAAGCCAAGGUGUGAGAGGGGAGGCUCGGUACCUAGUAAAUGCCCAGUACCUCCAUUGUACCCAGCUCGGAGCACAGAUGUGUACUGACCCAGAGCUAUUCUCAUUGGCAGACUCGAAGCCCACAUUAUUACACAGGAGGAGGAAAUCUGUAGUUACCACCAUAGUCCAGAAAAGCAUUCAGAAAUAGAUAUAAAUCUAUACUUACUUUUUAUUUUAGCUUUUGGCUCUUCUGUUUGGGUAUUUUUCCUGAUUGUGGCCCUGUGUUAAUUCCCACUGCCUUGUAAGUUCAGUGACACACAUGUCAGAGCAGCCCCCAGCUGGCUUUCGACUGUGGGCAUUGUCUAAGGUGUCCUCCCAGCACUGAAUUGCCUAACUGUCUAUCGAAGUCCCUUUAGGAAAGGUUUGGAGGAGACAAGCAAAACUCGAGUUACUGCCCUGCCCGCCGCUCCUCACAGUGCACUCAACAAACUGUCCUUUUAAAAAUAGAAAGCAAAGUUCUGAUGAAAAUGCCAGGCCCAUUUAGAUGUGCACCUGAUUUUAGAAAGCACAUUAUUAGGAUCUCUUCCCUUGUUUUCUUUUCUGUUUAAGACUUUAAAAAUCUUGCCAUUGUCAUUUAGAAUAUAAUCGUUUCAAUCAGAAGAAUAUAAUGAAAACUACAUUUUCAAAUGUGUAUUUUCAUAGGAGCUUGAAAACCCAAUGCAGGCAGGUGUGUGAUAAGUUAUUGUCAAAGGGAACAUUAGAAUUCUGCCUCCAGUCAGCUCUCUUAACUUGGCUGUGUUGAAAUCACAAUCUAUUCUGGUAUUUGAUAGACAAAUAUGUGGGAAAGAUUUUCUUCAACUUUAUAUUCCUCCAAACUGUACUUCUGUAAAACAGAAUCAACUUGGGUUUAUCAGUCUUGUAUCUGACUAAGAUUGUUACAGUUGUGUCGGAAUGGCUGCAAGAGGUGAUGUGAGAAGCAAACCGUCCAGCCCAAGGACAGGGUCUUCCUCGGGCCUUCUGCAUCGGCUGAACUACAUCGAACUGACCGUGGGUGGUGAGAACACCAUCACCAGUUCUUCUGGACAUGAGCACUGAAGGCACAGCAGAUGUGUGCAGCUGUCGGUCACCUCUCUUGGCGGCUGAGUUUUAGUGUUUUGUUUUUCCUUUCCUUUUUCAUCCCUAACAUGAAUUAAUUUCUUCUUUGAAAUUAAGGUAAUUUUGUUCUUUUAUAAAUUGAGAACAUCCAGUCCCUCCAAGUGUCACGUCUAAUAGUGAGCUGUGACUGAGGAACGUGCUUCUCAGGGUACUUCAAAGGGUACUUUGUCAGACUUAAGAGUCAGAGGCAUCAUCUUCCCCACACCCAUGAUGGUCUCAGAUCUUCCCAAGGGGCCCUCUUGAAGGGAAGGACUCUUUGAGGUGCACAGCAGUGCUCUGUAGACUCGUGUUGUUAAUCUACACCGUGCUGAGGUGGGGACCACUCAUUGCACAUCUGCUCCGUAAUCAGAGGCCCCGUGGAGUCAGUCACAGAAUAAGCGCUGUUCCUCUAAAAGCCAACUGAGCAAGAGGAGGAUACGAGCGAUGCCAGCCCGAGAGGCCCGUGCUGCUGCUUCACUCCUGCUGGCUUUUCAUUUCUAAUAAAAGUGGUGUCACUGUGGUCCGUCUGAAAAUCACAUUCAGUUCUGAGUUUCAGAUCAACCAUUAUGAAACAUCAAAGUCAGUACAUACUGCUCCUUUGAAAUUUGGGUGAAAAAAUUAUACAACCAUAUAUAUAAUCAUUUUUGUAUUUUUUCUAUGUUGUGAAAACCAAAAUUGUAAUUUUAUAAGUCUUUGAUUCACUAAAAUUAUAUAAUUUAAAUGUAUUUUUUGUAUAUUUAGAAAUAAGGAGCUCAAAGACUAUGCUUAACUUUCUAUGCAUGCAUUUGAAAGCUGUUUUUAUCUGAUAUUAAUGUAGUAGGUUAUACUCAUCAAACACUGAUCUGUGUUGCAUUCAAAAUAAACUGGUGUGUGCUCUG